UCUACCCUUUGUUGAUGAUGGACAUCCUCUUAGGCUUCUGUUUCCAUCUGUUCAUUAUGCUCUUUUGAUCCCUGCUUUCAUGGGACUUGGCUUUAUUGGAGGACUAAUAGUUUUUACUGUAUAUGCAAUUCACCAGCCAUGAAAAAGUGGCUUGUAAUUGGUGUCUCAGGUGUAACGUGUGGUGGGAAGACAACAGUUGCACGUUCUUUGCAUGAAAGCCUUCCAGGUUCAUAUCUCUUGUGCCAGGAUGACUAUUUUCUGCCUCCAGAUAGCAGCAAGCAUACAUGGAUCCCAACACUGAACCACAUAAACUGGGAGAUAAUGUCAAGUGUUGAUAUGAACAAAAUGUGGGCAGACAUUAAAAGAAUUACCCAGUUUAAUUUCCUGCAGCAUUUUAGCCAUUGCAAAAUACACGAAGAAAAAAGUAGUAAUGACCUACCACUGAUGAAUUUUGAAGCUUUAGCAGGUGAAUUACCACUUCAUAUCUUAAUAAUUGAAGGAUUUUUGGUAUUAAAUUAUCAGCCGAUUGUGGAAAUUUGUCACUUAAAAUAUUAUUUAACCCUUACCAGGGAUCAAUGCUGGGAAAGAAGGAAAGUUCGUAUCUAUGAUCCCCCUGAUGUACCUGGUUAUUUUGAUGUGUGUGUUUGGCCUGAGUAUGAAAAACACAGGGAUGAAGUUUUUCAGACUGUUGCUGAUGUUCAUAUUAUAGAUGGUACAAAUGAUGUGAGGCAAGUUGUGUCUAAUAUAUUUCUUGACAUAAUGAAAUAUAAGAAAAUUACAAUGUGAACUAUUUGAUUUAUCUCUAAUUUUCUUGAGAUUCAUGUAGCAAUGAAUUUUUUAUUGUGUUCACAAAACUUUCUAAGUCACUGUACAAGAAAUUCAAAAUUUAGAAAGUAUAACAUAUAACACAAACUACUUCUCAAUGUACAGAUCCCCAAACAAGAUGGAAGUUAAAUAAAUAAAAACUAGAUUAUAAUGUUGUGUUUUUAGACAUCUAUGUCAAGAAAUAGAAAUUUUAACAGGAUGUUCUU